AUGGCUUCCAAAGAAGGCGGUGACAAAGGAAAGGGUGCUGGAGAUAAUAAAGAAAAGAGGAGGAAGGAGUCUAUUCUUGACCUUAGUAAAUAUUUAGAGAAGAGCAUUCGUGUCAAAUUCGCUGGUGGGCGAGAAGCGGCGGGGAUACUAAAGGGAUAUGAUCCACUUCUAAACUUGGUUUUGGAUAACACCACAGAAUUUCUAAGAGAUCCUGAUGAUCCCUACAAACUGCUAGAUGACACAAGAGCACUUGGUCUGGUCGUAUGCAGAGGUACCUCCGUUGUUCUAAUAUGUCCGAUGGAUGGCAUGGAAGCUAUUCCAAAUCCUUUCAUAACUCAGGAAGGAUAA